UGAUGUGAUGGCGAACGGAGUUAAGAAGAGAUGUGAGUUAGCUGUUAGUCCACCACAAUGUCAGCCCACGUUAAGACAAGAAAGAUUGAUACAGAAUGCAGAGUUUUUAGCGAGACAUGGACUGCUAAGUAUUUAUUUACUGAAGUCAAAGGGAAAGCCGUGUGCUUAGUUUACUGAGAAAAGAUCGCUGUUUUUAAGGAUUAAUAUUUGAAUCGCCAUUACGAGACAAAGCACUGAGAGACUUUUACGGACGAAACGUAACGAGAAGGAUCGAGGACAUCGCGGGAAAUCUCGAGCUUCAGCUGCUAACGAAAGUGGUCGAUUUUGACUUUUUCUCCUUGGCUCUGCAUGAGAGCUGUGAUGUUCGCGACACAGCCCAGUUCCUCAUCUUUGUACGUGGGAUGACGAAAGACUUUGAGAUUACGGAGGAGCUGGCAGCAAUGCGGUCAGUAACAGGGACGACGACUGGGAGUGAUUUGUUCACGGAGAGAAAGAUCAAGGGCGCUCAGCAAAUGCGAAUGAAGAAAGAACUCCGUGAACAGCAGAUUGUUGAGGCUAAACAAAAGAAACAGCAAGAAGCAGCCAAUGCCAGAAAAUUGGAGGCUGAGAAACGAAAAAAGGAAAAGGAGAUGCAAAGACUGCAAGCUGUUAUGCUGAAGCAUAAGGAGAAAGAGCGUCUGAAGCAGCAGAAGAUGGACGAGAUACAGCUAAACAAGGAGAGGAAACUCCAGCUCAGACGAUUGGAGCUGGAAAAAGCAAAGGCGCUAAAGAAGCCAAACGAAGACAUGUGUUUGGCAGAUCUUAAGAGUCUUCCAGUGCUCUCACGAAUCCCUUGUCUGGUCUUGCAGGGAAGCACCCUAUCUGACUGCCUGAUAGUGCUGCAGUUUUUACACAGCUUUGGAAAGGUCUUGGGAUUAGACAAUUUAAACGACCUCGACUUAAGUGUCCUUCAAGAGGGUUUUCUUAACACUUGGGGCAGUAUGGGGAAAGUGCAAGACCUGCUGGUGAGCAUGGUUUCGUCAGCCGUACAGGAUCCUGGUAUACCUGCAGGUCACAGGAGCAAAACCUGUCUAGGGGAGGAAUUGACUGAUGUGGAGAUCAGCAGAGACAAUGUGUCUGAGAUCCUGCAGAUCUACAUGGAGGCUCACUGUGAUUAGACAGAGUCAGCUGCUGUGGCCCUUAGUCUCAGUACUAAAGCUUUUCAUGCCCACAGUCCGUCUCUGAAGGCUUUCAUAUUGGUCCUCCUGGUCAAUGCGAUCUGCUGCAGUAAAGCUGUGAUCAGUGAGAUCGACAAGAACAUGGAUCACAUGACCAACCUGAGGAGCUCCAUGAUGAUUGGACAGGACCGCUACAAGAGGCGUUACUGGCUUCUCCCACAGUGUGGCGGCAUCUUUGUUCAGGGCAUUGAGAGCAGCGAAG